AGUUGACGCUGCCAAGAAAAGAUGGGCAUACCUGCGUGACUAUUUCCGGAAACAACAUCGGGUUCUGGAAUUAGUCAAAAUAGGGCGUGCCCCUUCCAGGAAAAAAAGAUGGCCCCUUUUUGACUCCAUGUCAUUUCUGCUUCCCUAUUCGAAGCCCAUUAACAUCAACAUUGAUGACGACUUUGACUUUUGUGAUGCAGUUUCGGAAGGAUCAAUAACUACAGAUUGUGAUGACGAAAACGACAACGACGACGAAGAAAGUUUCAAAAGACCAGACACGGGAACUAGAUCUACACACCUUAUGUCGAAAAAACGAAAGGCACCAUCAGCUGAUUUCGAAGGAGAAUGCAUCUCUGUUGAUACCAGUCAGAAACCGCUAGUAGAUGAACAAGAUGAAAACGAACAUUUUCUCAAAAGCAUUCUGCCAAUGAUGAAAACAUUAGAACAGUUAGAAGCAAUGGAAUUUAGACAUGAAGUUCAGGGGCUGCUGAUACAGUACAUUAAAAGGGCACGGUUGCAAUUGCCAUCUGAGCAUACGGCUACUGCUAGUGCCAGCAGUAUCGUUAUAAAACAAGAGUGAAGGUCAGUAUACAACGGUUACCCCUCCCCCCCACCCCCUAAAAAAUCCGCCAAAGAACGACACGAUAAAAAUGGUGAUGUUUGUGGUCUUUUGAACACAAUUUUGACAAUUGUACAAGCGAGAUUUCCCCCAUUAUGAUACCUGAAACUGAGAGGCAGGACAUUCCGUGGUAACGAAGUGCAUUCAAAUCUUAAUUUUUUUUACUCUUGUCCCGAUCGUGUGUGCAUUUUUGGCCUGUGAUCGCCUCUCAGCACUCAACCCGCACGUCGUCAGCCCACAACAGUCUGCCUGCACUGGAAGAAUAAAUUUUCAGUAGAAACAUUAAAAUACGGUUGAAUUAUUUCAAAGUACAUCAUGUACAUGCAAAUCUUGUUCAAAAUGGCGCUUUAAUGUUCUUUGAUUGUCGACUUGCCCGCACAAUGUUUCUUUACAAAUCUGAGUUGGAAUCGAAUAGAUUUAUUGAGUUCCAGGACAUUCCUUUUAACCAGCUGCCCUUUUUUUUUCAAAUGACCAUCUCAUCUUUUGGCCAGAGGUUACUCUUCAAAAUCACUGGAGGAAGAGCAAGUGGAUGCAGCAAUGCACUUCUUGUAACUUUGAUGAACGCGAACAGUCUUUGUUUUACUUUUAAACUUACAUGUAUGUAUUUCAAUGCCCCUACAAAGGCGAAGCACUGCGUGACAUGCCAGUGCAUGGCACACACACACACACACACACACACACACACGUCGUGCACAAUGACUGAAUAGUGCAUAGACAUGAAUCUGUACUUUCCAUGUUUUACAAGUCCCAUGUUUUGAUGAAAAGUUCACAAUUUGAGCUAUUGUUUACCUACCGUCUGGAAUAAAAAUUAUGUUUUGGUGUUGGCACCUCUCAUUUUGUGGCAUGUGCAAAACGGGUAAAU